CCGUAUACUUGUCGUCUGCAGAAAUCUUAGAAGCACCGUUUAAGCCAGAUGAUACUCUGUCUUUGCAACUAGCAAAAUUUAUAUUUGCGGUAUGCAUGGAUAAAGACAGAGAAACAGUCGGUGAGAGUAACUUGAGCAACAUUGUAAAUAGCUUUGGCGGAUGGCCAAUAGUUAUGUCUCUUCACGAAUGGAGUACAAAAAAUUUGACGUGGCAAAAUAUUAGCACUAUUUUGCACAGAAAUACAUUUGACAACGGCAUUUACCUAAUAAGCGUGUCUAUAAAUAGCAAGAUGACCAACAGUAACGUUAUCAAUAUUGUAGAACCGCGCCUUUCUUUGACUCGAGACAAAAUGAUUCAGUUAAACACCACUCAGACGCUGAAAGACGACUUAAUAUCCCAAAUUGUUAGCGUUGCGAAAAAUCUUAUAAAAGAAACUAAUAGAACCGAAAUGAACAAUUUUACUCAAGAUGCACUUGAUAUACUACACUUUGAAAUGGAACUGGCUAACGUAACAAGCAGCAUGGGAACAUCGAAGGAUAUUGAUCGAUAUUUCUUUCCGCUAACAAUCCAACAGUUGCAAGUAGAGUAUGACAAACAACAACCAGAAAUGAAGGGAAAGAUUAACUGGCAUUCAGCCAUUCAGGAAGUGUUUGCUUCAGAAGGAAUCACGAUUGAACCGGAUGAAAAGCUCAUCGUUCCAGCAUACAAAUAUCUCACCAAUUUAGUACCGUUAUUGGAACGAACACCAUCACGUACUAUUGUUAAUUUUAUGCAAUGGACCAUAAUCAAACAGCUAAUUGAUUACACCAAAGAACCCGAAGCAAAUAGUUUCGCAGGCGUAAGACCGCAUGCGGACGCAGUCGAUAAACAAAUGGAAGAAGAUGAUACAAGGUGGAUGAGUUGUAUCAGAAAGCACAACUUAAAAUCUGCUAUUUCACAUGAAUAUAUCGAGGAAUAUAUAUCGCUCGAAAACAUAGAGGACAUCAGAGAAAUAACUACAGACAUUGUAAGCUCUGUUCGUCAACAAAUACAAAAAGUUACGUGGAUGGAUGAACCUACAAGAUUAGCGUCACUCGAGAAAUUCGCGGAUAUGAACUUCGCGUUUUUUAAGCCCGAUUGGUACAGCGACGAAGCUAUUGACAGAUAUUAUGAAAACCUGAACGUCAGUUGGAGAUAUCUCGACAAUAUCAUAAAUAUUCAUAAAUUCGAGAGGAAGAAUCUACUGAACUUGCUCAGAACACCCGUAACCAAAGACUUAUGGUUUAUGGAACCGUCAGUACCGUUUGCAUACUACACUCCUUUUCUCAAUAAAAUCGUUGUAACUGCUGCCUUAUUACAAAGUCCUGUGUAUGACAGAAAUCGUGUUGCGUUGAUGAAUUAUGGAUCGCUAGGAUUUGUUAUUGGACAUGAAAUUAAUCACGCCUACACUUCUAUAAAUAGUAGGUUUGACAAAGAUGGCAACAUUGGGCAAUGGUGGACACAAAACACUAUCGAUAAGUACAACAAUAUAACGCAAUGUUUCGUUGACCAAUACAACGAGUAUCUAGUUCCGGAAUUAGAGAAUAUUCGAGUAAACGGACAACAGUCGGUCAAUGAAAACUUUGCCGAUUCUGCUGGAAUUGUUGCUGCAUAUUAUGCGUACAAGAACAGAAAAGCAAGACUGAAUGAAACAGAUUGGCGACUGCUAGGACUGGAAGAGUACAGCGAAGAUCAAAUCUUCUUCUUGACUUAUGCUCAACUUCUCUGCGAAAGUGUUCUGCCGGAACGGAUAAAACAAGAUAUUAAUUUUGAUCCUGUCCAUUCUGCGAAAGAAAUUCGGGUUCGCGGCAGUCUUUCAAACUUUCGUGAGUUCUCCGAGAUUUACAAUUGUUCCCUGGGAAAUCGAAUGAAUCCGGAAAAAAAGUGCGUAGUUUGGUACUAAACCGACGAACAACGAAGACACGUGGAAGUAAUGGAACUACAAAAUUAUGAUUGCGGGUUUUUCUUUCCUUCAGCAAACAAGUCAUUUGUAAUAAUCAAAAACAUAUUACAUAUGUAAUACAUUAGUGCUUGUUAAAUAUUAAAUACAUUUGGGAUAAAAUAGUUUUGAGUUUCUUUUGCACGAAUAAA